AGUCUUUCACAGGGACUCGCGGGCCCAGAAAAAACGCGCCCGUGGGGCUUAAAACCAAUUUUUUUUUCAUUUUUUGACUUCAAUUUGGGUUUUUUUUGGCUGGAGCAGGUUAGAAGGGUUUGGAGGAGUAGAGGGAAGAAGGAAAAAUCAGCAAGAGAGAUCUAGCAAUGGCAAGUUCAACUCCAAGGGCAACCCCAAGGUCAGGAAGACAAAGAGAUAAAGCUUGGAAAUAUGGGAUUGCAGGAAGCAAAAAGGGGGAGGUCACUUGCACCGAAUGCACAAGAUGGAUGACUGGUGGAAUCAAUAGAUUAAAAUACCACCUUGCACAAAUACCUGGAUAUGGUGUGGAGGCAUGCCCCAAAUCAACUCCUGAAAUUAUUAGAGAGAUGAAGGCCAUUCUUGCUGAGAAUGAUAUGCAUAAGGAAGAAAGGCAAAAAACAAGAGAAGCCAUAGCAGCUGCAAUGAAUCCCACAUUGUCCACUUCGGGUCCCAUUGGUCAUAGUCGGGGUCGUCAGUCACUUUCAUCUUUUGGUGACAAUGAGGGUGAGGCUAGUGGCACUCCUGUUAGAUCAGACCCUAAUUUUUUUGUACCACGCAAUGUUCCAGGUGCACAACCUUCACUUGAAGGUACAGGAUGGAAUAAAGAGAAGCAUGAACAAGCACGGAUAGCAGCUUCAAACUUUUGGUUUUACAAUAAUCUAUCUUUCAAUGCAGCAAACAAUGUGUAUUGGGAAAGUUUUGUUAAUGCAUGUACAGUGGCGGGUAAGGGGUUUAAGGCCCCAACAGGUCAUGACUUCAGUGGGCCAUUGCUAGAGAAAGCUGUGAAAAAUACAGAAGGUGUGGUUGAUGAUCAGAAAAGGUAUUGGAAGAGAAAAGGAUGCAGCAUUUUAUCUGAUGGAUGGACAGAUGGACGGAAUAGGACUCUUCUCAACUUCUUGGUGGCUUCAAAUGGUGCAAUGGUAUUCAUAAAGUCUGUUGAUGCCUCAAAUGAAAUAAAAAAUGCAGAGACUUUGUGUAAUCUGUUGGAUGGUGUGGUUCGGGAAGUUGGAGUUGAGAAUGUUGUCCAAAUUAUCACGGACAACGCAGCUGCAUAUGUAUCUGCAGGUAGAAUGCUUAUGCAGAGGCAUCCUUCGAUUACAUGGAGUCCUUGUGCUGCACAUUGCUUGGACUUGGUGCUAGAGGACAUUGGGAAGAUUGGAUGGGUGAAGAAGGUGGUUGAAGAUGCAAAAAGUGUCACCAAAUUCAUCUACAACCAUACUUGGGUGCUUGCUUUGAUGAGAAAAUACACAAAUGGCAAGGACCUUGUGCGACCUGGAGUGACACGAUUUGCUAGCCACUUCAUCACUUUGCAGAGCAUUCUUAGUGCCAUUCCUCAUCUUAAGCAGAUGUUUGUGUCAGAUGCUUGGUUGGGGUCUGCAUACUCCAAAAGACCUGAAGCAGAGAAGAUUGUGACCAUUGUUUUUGAUGAUGGGUUCAAUAAAAGUGGAGAGGAGUUGACUGCGGUGACAGAACCUUUGGUGAGGGUUCUUCGUAUGGUGGAUGGAGAGGGCAUGCCAAUGGGUUUCAUUUAUGAGGCCAUGGAUAGGGCCAAAGAGGCCAUUUCACAUUACUAUCGUGGAAAUGCAAGAAAAUGUGAAAGCUUUUGGCGCAUCAUUGAUCGUAGGUGGACAAACCAACUCCACCAACCGAUACAUGCCUUCGCCUACUUUUUGAACCCGAAAUUCUACUUCUCUGAUUCAUUUAGGGCUGAUGAGGAGGUCAUGGCAGGUGUUAUUACAUGCAUUGAUAAGAUGACACUUGAUCCUGAGUUGAGAGACAAGGUUCUUGAUGAGUUGGAGAUCUACAAAAGUGCAGAGGGGAGACUCUUCUCAUCACAACUAGCAAUUGAUAGGAGAGGAAAACAACAACCAGAUUUAUGGUGGGAGAAUUAUGGUGCCGGCACGCCUAAUCUUCAAAAGAUAGCUAUCCGUGUUUUGUCUCAGCCAUGCAGUGCUUCUGGGUGUGAAUGAAAUUGGAGUGUCUUUGAAAGCAUUCACACAAAGAAGAGAAAUAGAUUGUCACAAAAGCGGCUCAAUGAUCUAGUAUUUGUUCGGUACAACCUUCGCCUUCGAGUUAGACAGGUGGAGGGUGUUUCACAUGAGGCCAUUGACUUGGAUGAAAUUGAUCCAUAUGGUGAUUGGACCAUGAAUGAACAAAAUGAUGGUGAUGAUGUCCUCCUUACCGAAGAAGAAAUUGCAGAAAUAGAGAGAGGAGCAGCACAAGAUGCAGAAGGAGCAAGAUUGGAUGAAGAUGAGGACGAAGAUGAGGAUGAUGAUGAGGACUAUGACUUUGAAGAAGACUCAUCUCACCAUUUAGAUACCACAACACCCACUGCUACUACUUCUAGCUCAAGGCCUGAAAAAUUGAGCUAUAUUAGGAAAAAUACAAAGAGGAAGAUGUAGUCUUCUCUUUGGUUUGUUCAUUCACAUUGCUGUUUUUCACAUUUGCAUUUGGACU